GUCAACCAUAGCCGGCGUCCGAACAGGGGAAGCAUAAGAAGAACUGAACAAGAGAGUAGCGAAUUCGAACUUCGAAGAGUGAAAUUCAAUACGCUAUGGAGUUUUUACCUCCCGGAUUCCGGUUCCACCCUACCGACGAGGAGCUGGUGGUGCACUAUCUAUGCCGGAAAUGCGCGGCCCAGUCCGUCGCCGUUCCCAUCAUCGCCGAGAUCGACCUCUACAAGUUCGACCCGUGGCAGCUUCCCGAGAUGGCUUUGUACGGUGAAAAGGAGUGGUAUUUCUUCUCUCCCAGGGAUCGGAAGUACCCGAACGGUUCACGACCGAACCGGGCCGCCGGGACAGGGUACUGGAAGGCAACCGGAGCCGACAAGCCCGUCGGGAAACCGAAAACGUUGGGGAUAAAGAAGGCGCUGGUUUUCUACGCCGGGAAAGCUCCGAGAGGAAUAAAGACAAACUGGAUUAUGCAUGAGUAUAGGCUGGCCAACGUCGACCGCUCUCCAGCCUGCAAGAGAAACAAUCUGAGGCUUGAUGACUGGGUACUGUGCCGAAUAUACAACAAGAAAGGAACUCUUGAGAAUUACUCACACUAUGGCGGUAGCGGUAGCAGUUUGGACGAAAAGGAAUUCCAUUUUCCAGAAGCCGAGGAACAUAAGCCCAAAAUAAUCAGCCCUUUUAAUGGGAUGCCUAGGCAAGCAGGCAUUCUACAGACGGGCUCAAGCUGCUGCUGCUCAGAGCAAAUACAAUCGUCAUGUGACAAAGAGGUCCAGAGUGCCGCCCCUAAAUGGGACGACAAAGACGACGUUAAUGUCCAGCUACUCAACAACAGCUACUACAAUAUGGCGGAUGAUGAUGCUCUGCCUCCAAUGAACUUCCACUAUCCUUUUGCCUCUCAAACGCCCCAGCAAUAUAAUAAUGACUCAUUCAAUCCUUUCCAGUCAGACAUGUUUUUCAUGCACAACAAGUCCACUUCCUACUUCUGCUUGUAGAUACAUUGGCUCCUCCCCCCAAAUAUCUUAAUUACCAAACAAAAUCAAGAAAAGUGCUAGUGUUUGCUAUGAUGGAGGGGUAGAUUGUGUACUUGGUUACUGGAAAAUUUAUUGUUUUAAUGUAUUAAUGAUACCAAGUACUGUAAGUUGGGAAAUUCUUCAUGUAAAUAAAUGAAACAAAGAAGUAAACAACUU